AGCCUAUCACAGUCCGCGGUGCUGCUGUACUGGGCGGGGACACACGACCCUCGUUUUUCUUGACUUUUCCGUCCAUUUCAGUUCGUCGUCACUACCACCGUCCUUUUUAACCGGGACAACAUGGCUACUGCGGCGAGUCGUUACUACAGCGAAGACGGCAGGGCAACGAAGCGACAGAAAACCGACGGAAUGGCCACGGGAUAUGAAGAUCCACACAAGACCCUUCCGUCUGUCGUGGUGCAUGUCCGGGGUCUGGUGGACGGGGUCACGGAGGCGGAUCUCGUGGAGGCCUUGCAAGAGUUUGGAGCAAUCAGCUACGUGGUGGUGAUGCCCAAGAAGCGCCAGGCGCUGGUGGAGUACGAAGACAUGAACGGGGCGUCCACCGCUGUAACUUACGCUGCAGACAACCAGGUCUACAUCGCCGGCCACCCGGCCUUCAUCAACUACUCCACCAGCCAGAAGAUCUCGAGGCCAGGGGACUCUGAUGACUCUCGCAGUGUCAACAAUGUCCUUCUGCUCACCAUCAUGAACCCAAUCUACCCCAUCACCUCGGAUGUCCUGUACACCAUCUGCAACAACUGUGGGCCUGUCCAGAGAAUCGUCAUCUUCAGGAAGAACGGCGUCCAAGCGAUGGUUGAGUUUGACUCAGUGCAAAGCGCCCAGCGCGCCAAGGCGUCACUCAACGGCGCAGACAUCUACUCUGGUUGCUGCACGCUGAAGAUCGAGUACGCCAAGCCCACUCGCCUGAAUGUGUUCAAGAAUGACCAGGACACCUGGGACUACACAAACCCCAAUCUGGGAGGCCCAGAUGGUGAUGCAGAUGGCAAUGGGAGCAGUUCAGAGGAUGUAAACGCCAACCCCAACAAGCGCCAGAGGCAGCCGGCUCUGCUGGGCGACCACCCCCCCGACUACGGCGGUGGUUACCAUGGCUACGACGAGAGCUACGGCUCCCCGCCCUACGAGGGUCGCCGCAUGGGUCCACCAAUGAGAGGGCGCGGAGGGAGGAGCUACGGGCCGAGCUACGGACCUCCUCCCCCGCCUCCUGGCGAGUACGGCGGCCACGCCGAGUCGCCCGUCGUCAUGCUGUACGGCCUGGAGCCCGUCAAGAUGAACGCAGACCGGGUCUUCAAUAUCUUCUGUCUCUAUGGCAACGUGGAGCGGGUGAAGUUCAUGAAGAGUAAGCCCGGGGCCGCCAUGGUGGAAAUGGGCGACUGCUACGCCGUGGAUCGCGCCAUCACCCACCUCAACAACAACUUCCUCUUUGGACAGAGACUGAACGUGUGUGUUUCCAAGCAGCAGGCCAUCGUCCCGGGCCAGUGCUACGACCUGGAGGACGGCUCCAGCAGCUUCAAAGACUUCCACGGCUCCAGGAACAACCGGUUCACUUCGCCAGAGCAGGCCGCCAAGAACCGGAUCCAGCACCCGAGCAACGUGUUGCACUUCUUCAACGCCCAGCCGGACGUCACGCCGGAGAUCUUCAAUCAGAUUUGUGAGGAGAUCGGUGUCAAGAGCCCCGUCAACGUCAAGAUGUUCACAGGAAAGAGUGGAGCAGCUCCCAGCGACCGCAGCGCCUCGGGUCUCCUGGAGUGGGAGUCCAUCAACGACGCCAUGGAGGCUCUGUCCAUGAUGAACCACUACCAGAUGAAAAAUGCAGGUAUGGCUGGUCCGUACCCUUACACCCUCAAACUGUGCUUCUCCACCGUUCAGCACGCCAACUGAGCAAUUCCCCUCGGAGCCGGUCCACCAUUCCCGUGUAUUUAGACCACGACUGCUUGCAACACGCCUGGAGAGAUUUUUCAAAAAAAAAUGCCUAAAAUACUGUGAAAUGAUCCACUUUCACAAUGCAUUUGAUCCCUAAAGUGCAAACUCCUCCUAUUUGAUAUAUAUAUAUUAAGCAGAUCUGACAAAUGCUCAAAGGCAUUUAAAAGUUUGGAUAUUUAUGCCCCAGAUGUGGUUUAUAGAGUAUCAGUACCUGUUUGUCUUCACGAUUAAGUUGUCCUUUUUACUUUUUUGUAUUAUGCUUAAAACGGUGAUCUGAAAAGUGAGAAAGCGUAUUUGAAAGAAUUGGUUUUAUGCUAAUCCCAUGGUUAAGUGGCAGCGGACAACGUGGUUUUGUAAAAGUCGCUUUUGAAACUUUUUAUUUUUGCUCACACUUUUGUUUUUUGUUUUAAUCGCUACCUAUUCAGUUCUGUGUCUCUCCGUGUCUGAUUAUGCAGACGGAGAAUUGUUUUUGUUGUAAGAAAAUAAAAUUUAAAGGUUUUGAGUUUC